AUUUGCCUAUUUAUUUAUCAUCAUCAUCAUCAAUCUAAGAAACCUAGCCAUCAAUUGAGAGCUACAAAUGGAGAGUGAAAACAAGACACAUAGAGUGCACUGUUUGAUCUUGGCAUUUCCACACCAAGGACACAUAAACCCUAUGCUCCAAUUCUCCAAGCGUUUGCAUCAUGAAGGGGUGAGAGCAACACUUGUCACAAGCCACUUCUACUGCAAGACCCUUCCCAAGUUACCAUCUUCCAUCACUCUUGAGCCCAUUUAUGAUGGCUAUGAUGAUGGUGGGAUUGCACAAGCAGAGAGCAUCAAGGCCUACUUGGACCGGUUAAGGAAAAUUGGGCCACAAACAUUUUCACAACUACUUGAGAGGCUCAUUGGUUAUGGAAACCCAAUUGAUUGUGUUGUGUAUGACUCCUUCAUGCCUUGGGCUCUUGAUGUUGCCAAGAAACAUGGGCUGGCUUGUGCUGCUUUUCUCACCCAACCCCUCUUUGUUAACUGUGUGUACCAUCAUGUUCACAAGGGGAAUUUGAAACUUCCCUUGUCCAAUGAUCACAGUGUUGUUUCACUGCCAGGGUUGCCUCUUCUUAAACCAAGUGAUUUGCCAUCUUUUGUGUAUCACUAUGGCUCACAUCCUGCUUCUUUUCAGCUUCUUGUGGGAGACCAGUUCUCCAACAUUGAAAAGGCUGAUUGGGUUCUUUGCAAUACCUUCUAUGAGUUGGAGAAAGAGGUAACAGAUUGGUUGAUGAAGAUUUGGCCAAAUUUAAGAACAAUUGGACCAACUAUACCAUCUAUGUUUCUAGACAAACGAGUAAAAGAUGAUAAUGAGUAUGGCUUCAGUCUCUUCAAGAGUGAAGAUCAAUGUUUAAAAUGGAUGGAGAAUAAGCCAAAGGGGUCCAUUGUUUAUGUCUCAUUUGGGAGUUUUUCAACCCUUGAUGAGGAGCAAAUGGAGGAAGUGGCUUUUGGUUUGCAAGAGAGUGGGUGUCACUUCUUGUGGGUGGUUAGGGCUAGUGAAGUGGGUAAGAUCCCAAAAGGCUUUGAAAGAAAUUCAGAGAAGGGUUUGGUGAUAACAUGGAGCAAUCAAUUAAGAGUGUUAGAACAUGAAGCACUAGGGUGUUUUGUGACACAUUGUGGAUGGAACUCCACUUUGGAAGCUUUGAGCUUGGGAGUUCCAAUGAUUGCCGUGCCACAAUGGACAGACCAAACAACAAAUGCAAAGCUUGUAGAAGAUAUUUGGAAAAUAGGCCUAAGAGUUCCAAUGGAUGACAAAGGGGUCUUUAGAAGGGAAGCUUUGAAGCAUACUAUAGUGAAAAUUAUGGAGAGUGAGAUGGGAAUAGUUAUCAAGAGAAAUGCCAUCCAAUGGAAGAAUUUGGCAGCAAAAGCAGUUGAUGAGGGGGGAAGUUCUCAUAUGAAUAUUGGAGAGUUCGUGGAUAGCUUGGUCCAUUCAAAAUGAUUCAAGUAGGUAAUAUCACUCUCAGAUGCAUAAGAAUGUGGUGCUAUGUGUAAGAGAUUUACAUAUGAAAGUAUUUAGCUUAAGUCCUCUUUCAAUAAAUUUGAGUGUGUUAUCUUAAUU